AUGCGCCUCUGCGGUCUGAUCUACUCUAUCGAGCACAUUCCAGGCGAACCGAAUGUCUGGGCUGACAUCGUGUCUCGUUGGCGCUUUCCCGAACCCGUAUGUGCCGCCGUUGUUCGCAUUCGACGUGGAACAGCUCGUCCUGUUGAGAAUCUCUCGCCACUUCGCCCCCUCGAGGACGCGGGUUUUGUUUUUCCUUCCGUUGAGGACAUUGGAGAUGCCCAAGAGCUUGCUCGCAAUGAGCGUGGACGGCUAACGGUCGAGCUUGAGGAGGUGGAUUGUGUGGUGUGUACUAGUGGUCGCCCCUGCAUCCCAACUACUGCCACUGACCUGCUUGCCCGCCUGUUCGUCGUGGCACACUGCGGUGCCCAUGGUCAUCGAGGAGUAGUGCCAAUGAAGACUGCUCUUGCUGAACGAUUCUACAUAUUAAAGCUGCACGAGAAAGUGGCCAAGUUUGUGCGCUAAUGUCUGUUGUACAAACAUAUCAAGGGAUCAAGAUUGAUUCAGCGCCCGUAUGGACCUACUUUUACCGCUAGCCGACGCAAUGAAGGACUUCACUGGGAUUUCACCAAUUUAGUUGACGGAUUUGACGGUAGUUGCUAUCUUCUGG